UAUGUCUAAUCAUGGUUUUGUAUGUCAUUGUUUAGAUGUCUCUGGCGCUUUUCAAUAAUGUGACAACUGGGAUGCAGUGAUGUCGACACUCUGCCCACCACCAUCUCCAGCUGUUGCCAAGACAGAGAUCGCUUUAAGUGGUGAAUCUCCUUUACUAGCAGCUACCUUUGCUUACUGGGACAAUAUUCUUGGUCCUAGAGUGAGACACAUUUGGGCUCCAAAGACAGAGCAGGUACUUCUCAGCGAUGGAGAAAUAACAUUUCUUGCCAACCACACCCUUAAUGGAGAAAUCCUUCGAAAUGCAGAGAGUGGGGCUAUAGACGUAAAGUUUUUUGUCUUGUCUGAAAAGGGAGUAAUUAUUGUUUCAUUAAUCUUCGAUGGGAAUUGGAAUGGGGAUCGGAGCACCUAUGGACUGUCAAUUAUACUUCCCCAGACAGAGCUUAGUUUUUACCUCCCACUUCACAGAGUGUGUGUUGACAGAUUAACACAUAUUAUCCGGAAAGGAAGGAUAUGGAUGCAUAAGGAAAGGCAAGAAAGUGUCCAGAAGAUUGUCUUAGAAGGCACGGAACGAAUGGAAGAUCAGGGUCAGAGUAUUAUUCCAAUGCUUACUGGGGAAGUAAUUCCUGUAAUGGAACUCCUUUCAUCUAUGAAAUCACACAGUGUUCCUGAAGAAAUAGAUAUAGCUGAUACAGUACUCAAUGAUGAUGAUAUUGGUGACAGUUGUCAUGAAGGCUUUCUUCUAAAUGCCAUCAGCUCACACUUGCAAACCUGUGGCUGUUCUGUGGUAGUAGGUAGCAGUGCUGAGAAAGUGAAUAAGAUAGUGAGAACGUUAUGCCUUUUUCUGACUCCAGCAGAGAGAAAAUGCUCCAGAUUAUGUGAAACAGAAUCAUCAUUUAAAUAUGAGUCAGGGCUCUUUGUACAGGGCCUGCUAAAGGAUUCAACUGGCAGCUUUGUGCUACCCUUCCGACAAGUCAUGUAUGCUCCGUAUCCCACCACACACAUAGACGUGGAUGUCAAUACUGUCAAGCAGAUGCCACCUUGCCACGAACAUAUUUAUAAUCAGCGCAGAUAUAUGAGAUCAGAGCUGACAGCGUUCUGGAGAGCCACUUCAGAAGAAGACAUGGCUCAAGAUACAAUCAUCUACACAGACGAAAGCUUCACCCCUGAUUUGAAUAUUUUUCAAGAUGUCUUACACAGAGAUACUCUAGUAAAAGCCUUCCUGGAUCAGGUGUUUCAUUUGAAACCUGGUUUAUCCCUCAGGAGUACUUUCCUUGCACAGUUCCUGCUUGUCCUUCACAGAAAAGCCUUGACACUAAUAAAAUAUAUAGAAGAUGAUACGCAGAAGGGGAAAAAGCCCUUUAAAUCUCUUCGGAACCUGAAGAUAGACCUUGAUUUAACAGCAGAGGGCGAUCUUAACAUAAUAAUGGCUCUAGCUGAGAAAAUUAAACCAGGCCUACAUUCUUUUAUCUUUGGAAGACCUUUCUACACUAGUGUACAAGAACGAGAUGUUCUAAUGACUUUUUAAAUGUGUAACUUGUUCAUUACCAUAAUCAUGAUUGCUGCUAACGUAGCUCAGUGGUGUGGAAGACAUUCUUCCCCAGGUCAUGCCCCGCCCAGAGUCCUACUCAGCAAUUGCAAUUAGAGUUAGUUACACUACAGCUGUCACAAGAAGGCUGUAAGGGAUGUCAGGUGCACCGUUAGAUUGGAUGUCUUUUUUCCUAGAUGUGUUCUGUUGGAAUACAGACUUAUGUUUACAAUUACAAUAAAUAUUCUUGCCAUCUUUUAAAGAUAGAAUAAUAGGAUAUAAACUUGACCACAGCUACUGUUUCUUGAAACUUACGAUCCAUGGUUUACAGAUAUCAAAGUGAAAUCUAAGUUAGCUUUUACAGAUAGAAUACUAGUUGACUUUCCAUCUUUGGUGUUCCUGAGCGUAUAGGAUUACUGUGAUACUUUUUCAAUUGACUGAAUAUUAGAGCAUUUAGAUCAUUUUAGUUCCACAGAAAGAAAGUUAGUGUGAAUAUAGGUUAAGCUUAUGAAAGAAAAUAUUAAUCAAGCAGACAUCUAAUUGAAAUUAAUUAUUAGAUCUGCUUUGUAGACUUAGUCCUUAGGAUUCAGCCUGGGUACAAGUGACAGACAGUUACAUAUGGUCCCUGAUUAUGGUGAACUGCUGUCAGGAUUUUUUGUUUAUUUUAUUACUGUCGUCAAUAUCCUAUACAGUUGAGCUCUGUCCAAGAAAAUAUAGGAAAUUCAAUGUUAUGUUUUAGUAGUUUUUGCCACUUUGUAAGUUAAUUUUUAUUAUUUUUGAGCCAAAUUGAAAUGUGCACCUCCUGUGCCUUUUUUUUUUUUUUUUUUCAUGGAAAAUGUAAUCACUUAAAGUUCAGAUUUCACUGGUCAGUCAUUUCCAUCUUGUUUUCCUCUUGCAUUCUUACCAUAUACCUGACUUGGCAAUCAUUGUAACUCUGAAAUUAUGAAAUGUAACAGAAUAUGCUAACUAAAAUUAUCUUUUUUUCAGGAACAGAGAGCAGUUUCCUGCUUUCUUCCUUCUUACAUUUCUGCCCAUUAUUUUUGAAGUUGUUGCCAUGUUGCUGUAUCAUAUAAAGAAUAGCAGGAGAAACUUUACUGAAGUGCUAUUUUUCUAGGUGCUUCUUUGGCAAAACUAAGAGAUCGUUUUUGUUUGUUUCCUUAAUGUGUUUGGACCAUUGUGCUGACUAGAUGGUAAUGGAAUAACAUAAGUGUGCUAUAACAGUGUAGACACAGUAGUGUACACAAACGCAGAUAAAAUUUUUUUAAAAAACUGUGGAUGUAACACAAAAGGGAAAAUAUAUUUUAUAAGAUAGGGACAAAAGGAAUAGAGCCCUCUGCUCUCACCCACCAAAUUUAACGAACAAGAUAUUUUGUUCUGAAAGGUCAUCAUAGUUUUUACAUCAUGAGUCAGAAACGACAGACAUUUUAAUUUUUAGACAAAUACUGAACUGGAUAACUGAUGUACUGUUAAAUGGGUGGAUACCUCCCAUAGUGUCCCAUGCUCAGAGCUUUUCACAUGUUGGGUUAUUUAAGUGCUGAUUAGUUACUUGUGUUGGU